GACUACACUUAACUGUACAACGGGCAGCAAAAACGACUUCAGGCUGGGCAACGAUACGCUACCACGGAGAAGAAAACUCCAUCCACCCAGGGGAAAAGUCGAGAAGGAGGGGAAGUCCUACUGCAACACCGGAGCUACCAUGGUGGGUGAGCGCCGCAAUGGGAACCUACUGGUUCAGUUAGGCCCGAAGCAGCAGGCGUACCCCGAGGAGCUUAUCCGUCAGAGGAGGACUCACGACGGCCAGACAGAGUACCUGAUUCGCUGGAGCCUGCUGGCGGUGGAAGAUAGCAGCAGUUCAGGCAGCAGCAAUGAGGCGAGUGGAGGUGGCAGCAGUAGUUCGGGCGUUGGCAGCUCCAAUGGCUCCACUUCGGGAGAGAGCAAGACAGAAAGCGUUCUAAUGUGGAUGUCCACAGAAGAUGUGUAUGCCAACUGCCCCACGCUGCUCGGCAAGCGCAAGUCUGACUCUCAGAGGCCUCUGUUGGAGGAAGAGGCGCGGCCCAGUGGGCAGUUCCCCUCCGAUGUCACCUUCGAUGAGGGCGAACUGUCAGACAUGAAGGAUGAUGUGAAGAAUCUUGUGCGGCGCGCACGUAAGCAAAUGGCAAAGAACAGCGACUUUGGUAUAAGCAUCACACACACCAUUCAUGUGCUGAGCGCCUAUGCUAGUAUCGGCUCUCUAGUGGGGGUGUUCAAGGAGACGGGAGCCCUCGACCUGCUCAUGGAGCUCCUCUGCAACAAAGAACGACAGACCAGACGCAGCGCUGGCAAGAUGUUGCGAGCCCUGGCUUCUCAUGAUGCAGGGAGUCGUGCUUAUGUGCUUCUGUCCCUCAGCCAGCAGGAUGGCAUCGAACAGCACAUGGACUUUGAUAACCGUUACACCCUAUUGGAGCUCUUCGCAGAGACCACCUCCUCUGAGGAGCAUGGCAUAUCCUUUGAGGGCAUCCAUCUUCCCCAGAUUCCGGGCAAGCUGCUGUUCUCUCUGGUAAAGCGCUAUUUGUGUGUCACUUCUUUGAUGGACAAGCUCAACACUUCGGGUGUCGAGUCAUCCUCUGAGCGACAGGAUGUGGGCCCCUCCUCCUCCACUGCCACCUACCAAUCAGAGCAUGCCCGUCUGCAGCGAGAGUUUGAGUUCACCAUGGCCAUGGCCAACCUCAUCUCCGAGCUGGUGCGUGUCAUGGGAUGGGACCGCAACCGACAGCUGCCCAUGAUCUCCCUGAGUGCAACCAGAGGGUUGGAGGAGAUAAAUAACGACACCCAGAAACUCCCCGUUCGCUCUAUCUUUCAGCCACGCUUCUCAGCUACAUCUGUCAUUGUGGCUACGGCCAUUGCAGCGGUCACACCACAAAAGAAGAAGAAAACGACAAACGGUUUCAAGACACGUUCUGACUUUACGUCACGCUCUGCGUAUGUGGAGUAUGUGCAGGACAACCUGAAGAGUGGCAUGGCGGUCCGUAUGUUGGAGGACUACGAGGAGGUCAGCGCUGGGGAUGAGGGAGAGUUUCGCUACAGUAACGACGGCUCACCACCCGUGCAGGUGUACUGGAACUCCCUCUCCAGGACAUACUGGGUGCACUGGCAUAUGAUUGAGAUCCUGGGCAAUGGUAGUGGAGGCCAGGCUGUGAAAGAGUCUCAGGAGAAGGCCUCUUCCCUUGCAGAGACACUCAAACUCACUACAGUGAGUCAGACGUUCUUCUCAAAGCCCCCCGGUGGGCUUUACACAUUGCCGUACCUGUUGGAGUGCUCUCAGAAUGAUGCAACCACCCUGAGUCGUGCUGAAUGGUGGGAGGUGCUCUUCUUCAUUAAGAAGCUGGAGUCCAAACAGCAGCAGGAGAUCAACAAUAUCCUGCGACAGAGCCUUGAUGAACCGAUGGCAGAUUUGGACGAUUCUUCUCUGAUCCAGCUGUCCCUCACCAGUGAGGUAGUACGGAAGAUCCUCCACUACCUGAAACAGAAUCUGCAGGCCUCAUGUUUGGGUGACCUGCUCUGCUCGCACACCUUCAGCAAAUACUACCUGAGCUGUGGUGGUGCCGGUCUUGAGGAUGAGGAAAUGCUGAUGGAUGGCUCGCUUGGAGGACCAGGAGCUUCAUCAUUAUCAUCCCUAUCAUCAGCCACAACUUCCUCUUCCUCCUCUGCCUCUUCCUGCACUAUGGGCUCUGUGUCCAAGAAAGCUAAGAAGGAGAUUCCAGCGGACACGGGCAGCUGUGGCAGUGAGACAGAGAGUGAGCUUCCCAGUGAAGAUGACACAAAAUAUCCUGAUGACCUGGAGGAGAAGAUGAAAGUGUUCAACAGUCCAAAGGUGCAGGGUAAGAAGAGCGCUCUGGAGAAAAUCGGAGAGGUGGUGGACAUCAUGAAGAAGAGCAGCUCUGAUUCAGGACUGCAGCUGGCUGGAAUGAAGGUCAUCAGUAAGAUUCUGGAGGAAGAGGGACCACAGGAGAGAAGCACCCUCAGAUCAGACUCUGCACAGACCAUCCGUGACAAAGUGAUAAAGUUGCUGGUGGAAAUGAUUGGCAGUCAGCCCAAGCAGAACGCUGUUACUGCGCUGCUGUUGACCCGCAGUCUCAUGCUGAAAUACGAGUGGAGGGUCUCCUUCGCCACAGAAGGAGGUGUGAAAGCCAUCCUGUGCUGCAUGCAGGAGUAUCCUACCUGUAUUCAGGUGCAGCAGAUCGCUCUGGCGACUCUGAAGGUGAUAACAGGUGCCAGUAAGCAUGACCCGCGCAGUGUUGGUGGGUGUCUGCCCCUCUCUGAGUCUGGCACUCAGAUGAUGCUGGAGAUUUUUGCCAGCAUUGGCUCUGCCACACCGGAGGGCUCUAAAGGACUACUGUGUUCCAUCCCUUCGGCUAUUGACCUCAUGCUUGGCACAGCAGGCUGUGGUUUGUCCGUGCGGAACGGGCUUCUGGUCAUCAUCAUGUUGAUCUCCAGUCACAAGAGUCUGGCAGAGCAGCUAGUCACCUGCAAUGUCAGUGCCACACUGAAGAAGUGCCUUUCAGCUCAGAACCAUCACAGCAUGCUGGCCAUCAUCGCCUUGAACCACAUCUCCAUGGUCCACAAACUUGAGAAGAAAGAGUCUAAAGACGAGCAUGACUUCAAAGACACCGAGCUGAAGAUGUUGGUGGCGAGUCUGAAGGAGAUGCCGGCCACUAAAGAGGUCAUACUUACCCUGGAACAGCUGCUGUGUGAUGAUGCCUCCCAACUGGAGGAAGAAAGAAAUGAAGUGACCCGCAGCAGAGACACCUUCCAUGACCUUGUACGCCUCAUGGACCAGCACAGAGCGGAUCGGGCCGUACAGCUCUCUAUCCUUAGGAUUUUGAACAAGUUUUUGGAUAACUACCAGGAGGAUCUUUUGCCCUGGCAUGAGAGUAUUGAGCCCUGCUUGUCAUCAAUGACCGCCUUUAUCAGUGACAGAGAGGUCGUACAACAGUUCAUCCGCUUCCUGUAUCGCCUUGCAUCUCUAAAUAAAGACUAUGCUGUGGUGAUGUGUCGUCUGGGCACUAAAGAAGCUCUUCUGAAAGCCCUGGACAAACACAGCACCAACCUGCUGAUGUUCACAGAGCUGCGAGACCUCAUCAACGACUCUGAGAAGUACGCCAGCCUCUACAAGAAAAUGACCACCAGUGUGCUGGCCGGAUGCAUUCAGAUGGUCCUCGGUCAGAUUGAGGAGCAUCGUCGUAGCCAUCAUCCCAUCAAUAUUCCCUUCUUUGAUGUGUUCCUGCGAAACUUGUGCCAAGGCUCCAGUGUGGAACUGAAGGAGGAUAAGUGCUGGGAGAAGGUGGAGGUUUCAUCCAAUCACCAUCGAGCUAACAAGCUGACAGACAAAAACCCUAAAACCUACUGGGAAUCCAAUGGCUGCACAGGCUCCCAUUUUAUCAACAUCUACAUGCAUAAGGGGGUGGUCAUCAGGCAGUUGACGGUGCUGGUAGCCAGUGAGGACUCAAGUUACAUGCCAGCUCGUAUUGUUGUUCUGGGAGGAGAUGAUCCCACAAACAUCAACACUGAACUGAACACUGUGAAUGUCCCUCCCUCAGCCAGUCAUGUGGUUCUGCUGGAGAAUAUGACCCGGUUCUGGCCCAUCAUACAGAUCAGAAUCAAAAGAUGUCAACAGGGUGGCAUUGACACACGAGUGCACGGCUUUGAGGUGCUGGGGCCAAAGCCCACAUUCUGGCCGGUGUUUAAGGAGCAAUUGUGCUGCCGCACAUAUCUCUUCUACACAACAAAAGCGCACACCUGGUGUCAGGAGAUCCUGGAGGACAAGAACCAGCUGCUGCAGCUUUUUAACAAGUUAAACAGUGCACUGAGACAUGAGCAGAUGUUUGCGGAGCGAUUUCUGCCUGACGCUGAGGCUGCAGAGGCUUUGGGUCGGACCUGCUGGGAAGCCCUCAUCACCCCCAUCAUCCAGAGCAUCACCAUCUCAGAGACUCCUGUUCUAAGCCCUCUGUCCUGGCUUCUCAAUGAGUAUUUGGAGAACUCCGAAUCGACCAAGCGGAAUAAGAGCUCAGCUUCUGUCUUUAACUCCCGCGUACGGCGGCUCACUCAUUUACUUGUCCAUGUGGACACGAGCACUGUCGAUACAGAAGAACUCAAACCUCCCAUCAAAUCCAAAGGUAUCAACAGAAGCAGAGAUUUAAAGAAUGGUAAAGAGGGGAAGAAUAAGGAAACAACAGCAGCGAGCUCAUCUUCAUCCUCUUCCAAACCAAAAGUGAAGAAUACUAGCAGCAUUGCAGGCAUUGCUCUGUGCUGGCAAGGUGUCGUUCAGCGACAGGUGAAGACUUUCUUGGAUUCGACAUCUAGCCUUGCUGACUUCGUUGAGCGCUACAGGAGCAUGUUCUUACGGCUGAAGAAUGCCAUGGAGGAACUUUUUGGCCAGCACACAGCGUUUGUGCUCGCGCUCCGUCAUGGGUUUUCUGCCGCACUGCUCCAGCUCUCCAUCCUCACUGCCAUGCAUGUGAGUGAACGGUUUGCACAGUACAUAGACAAGAUGAUCCAGGAGAGUGCUGUGGACUCUGGGAAUGUGGACACUCUGAAUCAGCUGCAGCAGUUCCUGGAGCCUAUGCUCUUCCUGUCUGGUUUGGAGCUGGCCAACACCUUUGAGCACUUUUACAGGUAUUACCUGGGUGAUCGGAUGUUAGGUCAGGGGAAGCUGUGGUUGGAGAGUGCCGUAAUCGAGCAGAUCGGUACCUGCUUCCCAAACCGUUUUCCCCAGCAGAUGUUGACAAACCUUAGUGAAUCUGAAGAGCUUCAGCAGGAGUUUCAUCUGUACCGUCUACAACAGCUGGACAAAAAUCUGGAGGAUUUGGAGGAGAUGAUGGAUGAAGAUGUGCCUGAGCCUGAGGAAGAGGGUGAUGUGAAAGUGUUGGUGUUGUCCCCUCGCUGCUGGGUUGUGUCGGCUCCUUGCUACCUUGAGAACCCCAUCAAACACUUCCCUCCUCAACUCUGCAAUUAUCUGGCUGAAUUCACUGAGUUCUACACCAACACAGCUAAAGCGCCACAACUAUCGGACUAUUCGGCUCGGAGCAAUGUUCCCGUUGAUUCAUACAUGAUCCGUCAGCGCAUGUAUAGCUUGACCCACAGUAAGCCGCGGCGGCUGCAGUGGACGUGGCUCGGCCAUGCAGAGCUUCAAUACGGCUCAUGCACUCUCUACGUCUCCACACUGCAGAUGUACAUCCUGCUACAGUUCAACCAACAAGAGGAUGUGAGUGUGGAGGCUCUUCAGCAGUCCACGGGUCUCUCUCCAGCUAUGCUGACUCAUGCCCUCAAACCGCUCACUGCAGAGAAGGGCAUUCUCACUCACAUCGGCUCUGACCAGGAACCCAUGAAGGGGGUCCUGAAACUGAACAAGAGGUCCCUCUCGCAGAGUUCGGACAGACACGGUUACUAUUUCCUGCUUCCCAAACAGACCUACCUGAAUGUGGAUGAAGAUGCUGCACUCACACUGGAGAGGAAGAGGAACUACAUCUACUGUCUCAUUGUUCAGAUCAUGAAGAAUGAGAAGGAGAUGCAUAUUGACAAUUUGGUGUUCAAGGUGUUGGACAGGUGUCAGAAGCAGGAGGUGAAUCGACCUCACGGCUCGGUCCGCUUCAGCUGCAGCACAACUGAUGUGCUCUCCUGCAUCAUGCACGUCAUCAACAGAGGCUACCUGCAGCGCAACGACGAGAGCCCACACAUCGUGGAGUUCUUGAUGGAGGACCCCUCGACACCCCGCAAGGGCCAGGCGCAGUUCUCUUUCAAGAUGGAUGUGAAGAAGAGCACUGCAGGCAGCAGCAAGCCCGACAUCAGCCUGGGAGGCCUUAUAGUUCCUCCGCAGCAUAUGGAGGAUGGCGUGCUGGAGGCUGUUCUGUUUUCCAUGGGUCGCACAAUGGCUCAAGAGGAGGUCAAGCAAAUGAUGCAGCGCACCGUACAGCAGGUGGCAGGAACCCUGAGUCUGGAUUUGGACCGGGCCGAGCACCUGCUGAUACACUGCAAAUGGAACGUGGACCUGUUGAUUGAGCGGUACACAGACGACCCUGAAUCCCUAGUGUUGGCUGCCGGCCUUAAGAUACACAACCCCCAGCCAGCGCCUGGCCCUGUCUCCCACUGUCCUGUGUGCCUUUCCCAGUCCAAAGAGAGCGACCUGCCACCCAUGCUCUGCUGCAUGCAUUACUGCUGCAGGUCCUGCUGGCAGGAGUACCUCACUGCUCGUAUCGAACAAAAUCUGGUGAUGAGCUGUGACUGUCCCAUCACUGAUUGUCGGGCUCAGCCAACCUCCAAGUUCUUUCACAACAUCAUCACUGAUAAGGACACCAUUGCCAAAUAUGACAGUGCCCUUCUGCGGGGCUUUGUGGAGUGCUGCUCCAACCUGACUUGGUGUACCAACCCUCAGGGCUGUGACCAGAUCCUGUGCAAGGAGAACAUUGGCAGCAUGGGCACCUGCUCCAAGUGCUGCUGGUCUUCCUGUUUCAGCUGCAACUUCCCAGAGGCGCACUACCCAGCCAGCUGCAGCCACAUGUCUCAGUGGAUGGAUGAUGGAGGAUAUUAUGAGGGAAUGAGCAUGGAAGCGCAGAGUAAACAUCUGGCCAAACUUAUAUCCAAGCGCUGCCCCAGCUGCCAGGCCCAGAUCGAGAAAAAUGAGGGUUGCCUUCAUAUGACAUGCACCAAAUGUAACCAUGGAUUCUGCUGGAGAUGUCUAAAGCCGUGGAAGCCAACACACAAAGAUUACUACAACUGCUCAGCCAUGGUUAGCAAAGCUGCAAGACAAGAGAAGAAGUUCCAAGACUACAAUGAGAGAUGCACGUUUCAUAACCAAGCCAAGGACUUUGCGAUCAAUCUGGAGAACAAGGUGUUUUCUAUCAAUGAAGCUUUACAGAUGAAGUCUUUGACAUUUGUCAUUGAUGCCUGCAAGAUUCUUGCCCAAGCUCGGAAGGUGCUGGCUUACUCGUGUGUAUACAGCUAUUACAACCAGGACACUGAGAAGAUGGAUGUGAUGGAGCAGCAGACUGAAGCUCUGGACCUUCAUACUAACGCUCUGCAGAUCCUACUGGAGGAGACACUGUUGCAGUGUACUGAUCUUGCAUCCUGUGUCCGACUCCUGAAACCUGAACACCUGAACACUGGCUUGGAGCUUAUUCGCCGAAUUCAGGAACGCCUUGUGGCCAUCCUGCAACACUCCACACAGGACUUUCGUGUUGGGUAUCAGUCCAAGACUGAGCCAGAGCAGGAGACUGCACAGGCCUCCAAUCUGGCUAAAAACACCGAUACCAACAAAGAGCCCAAAUCAGAUGGGGCCUCUGAGUCUGGAGACUCUGACAACAACAACAACGCCGGUGAAGACGCUGGUGAUGAAGCAGAGGAGGAUGACGAGUAUGAUGAUGAAUACGUUCCUGAGUGGCAUGAGGAUUAUGACGAGGAAGACAUCGAUGAUGAUGACUUCUUUUCUGGUGACGAUGAAUCUGAAAACCUAGAGAGGGACUUCCGCCCUUUGGACUAAAUUACCAUGAGAGUGAUUAACGAUGCUUACAGAAUGUCUAUGUAUACUGGAGUAGACGCUACAAAUACCACACCCAUAUGAGAAUUAUAUAGCAGUAAAAGUGACCAUUUGUUACGGGAAUCCAGGAAGUUUCUCUAUACAGUGGCCAGUGCUUUGCACAUAGCUUCUACUUAGAAUCCUAGCAUUAUUUGGUUGCUAUACCAAAAAUAUUAUGUUAAUUUAGGGUUGUUACAGGCGGUUUCUUUAUCUUAAAAAAUUUGUAACUUUGUUCACGGCUGAUGAGGGUACUUUACUAAGUUCGAUGAAAGUUGUAGAGGUGAUGAUAUUUUUUGGAAACUGACUGUUCAUCAUUUUGUUAACGCAUAACUCUUCUUUUGGUUGAGAACUGAAAAGAAUGGAUGUGUAAACAUCAGGAAAGGUUUUUUUCUUUUAAUCUGGUCAAAGAAAGCAUCAGCAUUGUAUAUCAUCUAGAUUAAAUAUCAAAAGUACUUGCCUUUAUUCUAUUUUAAAUUCCUUUAAAUGCCUUCAUGUAUUACAUUUCUGAGUUGUUGGAAAACCAUUUGAAUGAUUGUAAGCUUGCCCUGAUUGAAAUGGGAAAUAUUUGCAAAGGUUUUGAAAAGAGAAAAACAUCAGCAUCUGUGUUUAAGGGCUGCAUGAAAAAUGACGUCUCUCAGACAGCAGUCCAUGACAAGGAUGUUGCUGGUUGUGUCAGGCACCACAAAACAAAAAACUUAAAAAUUUAACUUUAGCCUGUCUCAUUAAUAUGUAAUGGCAAUAAAUAUUUAAAAGUAGUGUAGCUCGUCAUAUUAUUUGCGAAGCAAAACAUACCGGAAUCGCUUUGUUCAUCUUUCUUUCCUCAAAAGAUCAUUUCAAGUCUUUUUUGGACAUGUUUGUUCACUUGUAUAGAGAUGGAGGUAUAAAAUAUCUUCCAAAGUCCGAUUUUGAAUUGUUGAGAUGAACCUAUAUAUUCAUAUACUGUCUCAUCAUCUGAAAUGUUUUCCCUGUUCAACUUAAAAAAGUUGCAAAGCUUCAGCUCGCAAAAUAAAUGCUUUUCUUCAAAAAUGAGGAGUUUUCUUUUGCUUUUUUUGGCCAUUUUAACAAGAAGCUUAAAGGAAUAUUCUGAGGUUUAAUAAAAGUUUA